CUGACUUGGCUUCCUUUCUAGAUAGGCAACCUUCUUAAUAGCUACUAUCAAUGUUCCGGCCGACAAAAUCUUUCCUAUGAGAGCACCUCUUUACGCGUUUUGUUUCAUUUUACGACCCUUUUCCACGUUCUAGAUACCCAAGGGGAUCCCUACGAGCAUGCUUAGUUGUCCCUCAUAGGGUUUUGUCGGCUGUCUCCACUUCACAACGUCCAUCUCCCCAUCGACGUCAUUUUCCAGAACUGCUGCCAAGUUUCAACGCCUUACGAAAGCAGGGGCAGGAAGAGAUAUUACUCGUACUAGGUAUAGAAAGAAUAAUAAUACUCUGUAUAUUAUUUCACAAACAACAUACCGGACAUGGCGUCCGAACCAAUUCUACCCCGCCCAACCGUUGAGCAGCUUCGGCAUGUGGUGCACAACUUUCCUCUGAUCGACAACCAUGCUCACAACCUCCUCCUGCCGUCGCAUAUUGAUGCUCAUCCCUUCGAGUCCAUCACCUCCGAAGCUCAAGGUCGCGCUCUGAGGGAUACUUUCAAAUCGCUUCCCCAUCUUCGGGCGGCCCGGCAGCUCCGAGAAUUGUACGAAUGUGCCGACGAUGCCGAUUGGGAAGACGUGUUGGAGCAGAGGAUUGAGUGGUUGAGAAGCGAUCCUGAAAGACUGUACCAGAAAUGCAUUGAUGGUACUCAUGCUAUUCUCAUGGAUGAUGGCCUGGCAGGCCCAGAGACGGUGUAUGAGUACAACUGGCACGAUAGGUGUACCAAAGCGCCCACGAAGCGGAUUGUCCGGAUCGAGACGGUUGCCGAAAGGCUGAUGGAAGGGAUUGUAGGAGAUGCCACGGAUUCCGACUUGAAGCACGCAAGCUACUUCACAGAUACCUGGCUCGCGUUUACUGAUGACUUUGAGCGCGAGAUCCAGGAUGCGAUUCAAGAUGUCGAAGUUGCAGGUUUCAAGACCGCAAUUUGCUACCGGUCAGGGCUUGACAUUGAACCUAGUUAUGAGGAGGCAGCAAUUGACGUCGGUCGUCCCUUUGAACGUUAUGUUGAACGUUGUGUCCGCAAGCGCAAGUUCAGAAUCGAGAGAAAAGCAUUGAACGACUACCUAGUCCUACGCACUCUGGAAAUCCUAUCCGAAGCCCUGACACACCCGGAUGCACUAGCAAAACCUCUACAAUUUCAUACAGGCCUUGGAGAUAAUGACAUUAGCUUGAGGCAAUCAAAUCCAUCAUAUUUGCAGGCACUGAUCGAAAACUAUCCCCGCGUUCCAUUUGUUCUGUUGCAUUCUGCGUAUCCGUUCACGCGGGAAGCCGGAUACCUUGCGACUGUCUACAAGCACGUUUAUCUGGACAUCGGCGAAGUCUUUCCCAUGGUGAGUCGCGACGGCCAAAAGGCGAUCCUACGCCAGUCACUCGAGUUAGUUCCCGGCAGUAAAAUCUUGUACUCUAGUGACGGACAUUGGUUUCCGGAGACAUAUUGGCUCGCAAACAAACAGUUCCGCGAGGUCUGGUUAGACUUACUUCUCGAAUAUGUUGACAAGAAUGACUUGACAGCGCACCAGGCCAUAAAUUUAACAAAGGAUGUACUAUUCAAUAAUUCUAAUACACUAUACGAUCUCCGUUACACGGUCGAUUUCAGGGAAAUAGAGCCGAUCAUUCAACAAUCGCUGCCGUGGCGCCCCAAAUCCACUGAGCAGGAAUCAUUUGAGGCUCCUCCGUUCCCGCCACCACCCAAGUCCAUAAGUGGGGAUGCAAAUGUUCCAUCAUUUCCACCUCCUCCAACCCAAGCACAUGUGUAUGACAUUCAACUUCUAGAAACCUUCAUGAAAGCGAAUGGUCACGUAAAAUAUGUCUACGUGCAGUGGCCCGAUUUCUUGGGGACUCUGAGGGCAAGGAUCCUACCGAUCAAGGAGUUCACCCGUAUCAUUUCCUCGGGGGAACGUAUAGGUAUCUCGCAGGGAAACACUGGCACUCUACAGAACGAUACCCUUACGUCAGUAGGAAAUCCUGUCGGGCAGAUCUACGUUGAGCCAGACCUCCGUUCACUCAGGUGUACUCAUAAGAACGACCCUUUGCCAUCCGCAACAGUAUUGUGCUACUGGCGUGAUAGCUCAGGGCGUCCGGCACGCGAAUGUCCUCGCUCCAACCUCGAGGCGCUCCUCAACGACCUGCAGUACAAUCAUGGCAUAUCACUACUAUGCGGUUUUGAGAUCGAGGUGACAUUCCUUCGCCGAAACGACCAGCCCACUUCGCCGGGGAAUCCUAGUGAUGAAGCGUUCCUCCCGAUCACAUCAAAUCAAGCUUGGGGUACGAUGACACCUGACCAGUACCUCGUUGCUCUCCCGCUGCUUGGAGAUAUCACGGAAGGCCUCGCGGAGGCAGGAAUUGAGGUCCAACAGUUUCACUCCGAAUCAGGACCGGGCCAGUACGAGUUCAUUCUACCUCCGUUACCACCAAUGCAGGCAAUAGACGUCCUCAUACAGGCCCGACAAAUAAUCACAAACGUCUCAGCAAGUCGGGACCUUCGCGCCACAUUCCACCCCCAGCCGUUCGCGGAGACAGGGACGGCCGCGCACGCACACAUUUCCCUUCUACCGACCUCCUCGCAGCGGGACAUGGCGUUCUUCGUCGGCGGCGUGCUCGCACACUUGCCCGCAAUCUGCGCCUUCACGCUGCCCGAGGCGGAGAGCUACGGAAGGGUGAGGGACGACAGCUGGACGGGUGGGACGUGGUUGGCCUGGGGCACGCAGAACCGCGAGACGCCUCUCCGGCGCGUGGAGCCCGGCCGCUGGGAGGUUCGAUGCCUCGACGGCUUCGCGAACAUGUACCUCGCCAUUGCGGCCAUCCUCGGGGGAGGAAUCUUGGGACUCAGGUCCGUGCCUGUGGGCAGCGACGUCGUUUUUGACGCGAAAGAUGUGCCUGUGAACCCGAGCAAGCUUACCGAGGAGCAAAGGGCGACCUAUGGAGUUCGAUCCAAGCUGCCCGCCAGGGUAGAGGAGGCAUGGACUGCCCUGGAAACCGAUGAGGAGCUCAAGGGAAUGCUGGCCCAGGGCGUGGCGGAUGAUUUUCUGAACAUGAGGAGGGCGGAGAGUCAGAUGCUUGGAAGAAUGGAGGGCGCGGAGCGUCGAAUCUGGAUGAUCGAGAGAUACUAGGAAGUCGGGGUCAUUCUCGAGUGAAGUAUUGCUGGCUUGAUUUUUAUUCUCUAGUCAUGUGCUUUUUUGGAUACCGUAUAUUCACGUAUUUCGACGGCAUUGCUGCGACAGUUGUCUUCGAAUAAUUUAGGUAGAUAUGACUUGACGGCCUGCAAUGCUAUCUUCUUCAUAUACUCGUAUAUAUCUAUAUGUAAUGCG